AUGGAGGUGUCCUCUGAACUUUUCAGCAAUGUGGGUACCCCCUGGCAGAGGGUCCUGCUCACAGCCUCCCUCUUAACCUGCUGCCUCCUGCCCACCACUGCCAGAGUCACCGUGGAAUCUUUACCUCCCCAAGUGGUUGAAGGAGAACAUGUUCUUCUACGUGUUGACAAUCUGCCAGAGAAUCUUCAAGGUUUUGUCUGGUACAAAGGGGUGACAAGUAUGAGGCUUGGAAUUGCACAGUAUUCCCUGCGCUAUAAUGUAAGUGUGACUGGGCCUAAGCACAGCGGUAGAGAGACAUUGUACAGCAACGGGUCCCUGUGGAUACAAAAUGUCACCCGGGAGGACACAGGAUAUUACACUCUUCGAACCAUAAGUCAACGUGGAGAACUGGUAUCAAAUACAUCCAUCUUCCUUCAGGUGUACUCCUCUCUUUUCAUCUGUGAGCGUCCUACUACCCUUGUACCUCCCACUAUUGAAUCAGUGCCAGCCAGCGUUGCUGAAGGAGGAAGCGUUCUUCUCCUUGUUCACAAUCUACCAGAGCAUCUUAUAUCAUGUUCCUGGUACAAAGGAGCAAUUGUGUUUAACAAGCUUGAGAUUGCCCGAUAUAGAACAGCCAAGAAUUCAAGUGUACUGGGCCCUGCCCACACUGGUAGAGAGAUAGUAUACAGCAAUGGAUCCCUGCUGCUCCAGAAUGUCACCUGGAAAGACACCGGAUUCUACACCCUACGAACUCUGAAUAGAAAACCGAGAAUAGAAUUAGCACACAUUUACCUUCAGGUGGACACCUCCCUUUCCUCGUGCUGUGACACUGUUGACUCUGCCCAACUCAGCAUUGAUCCUGUGCCACCGCAUGCUGCUGAAGGGGGAAGAGUUCUUCUCCAGGUCCAUAAUCUGCCAGAAGAUCUGCAAACCUUUUCCUGGUACAAAGGCGUGUAUAUCACCCUAAUCUUUCAAAUUGCAGAAUAUAGCAUAGCGACGAAGUCUAUCAUCAUGGGCUAUGCACGCAGCGGAAGAGAGACAGGGUACACCAAUGGAUCCCUGCUGCUCCAGGAUGUCACUGAGAAAGACACGGGCUUGUACACACUAAUAACGAUAGACAGCAAUUUUAAAGUUGAAACAGCACACGUGCAAGUCAACGUCUACACCUCCCUCUUAACCUGUUGGCUCCUACCCGCCACUGCCAGAGUCACCAUCAAAUCCUUACCACCCCAAGUGGUUGAAGGAGAAAAUGUUCUUCUAUACGUUGACAAUCUACCAGAGAAUGUUCUAGUCUUUGGCUGGUACAGAGGAAUGACAAAUUUUCGGCAUGCAAUUGUACUGCAUUCUCUGUACUAUAGUGCAAGUGCGAAGGGGCUGAAGCACAGUGGCAGAGAGACAUUGUACAUCAACGGGUCCCUGCGGAUCCAAAAUGUCACUCAGGAAGACACAGGAUAUUACACUUUUCAAACCAUAAGUAAACAUGGAGAAAUGAUAUCAAAUACAUCACUGUACUUUCAUGUGUACUCCUCUCUUUUCAUCUGUGGGCAUCCUACUACCCUUGUACCUCCCAGUAUUGAAUCUGUGCCGGCCAGCGUUGCUGCACAGGGAAGCGUUAUUCUCCUUGUUCACAAUCUUCCAAAGUAUCUUCAAUCGCUUUUCUGGUACAAAGGGCUGAUUGUAUUUAACAAGGUUGAGAUUGCUCGAUACAGAACAGCCAAGAAUUCAAGUGAGCCGGGCCCUGCCCACAGUGGUAGAGAGACAGUGUACAGCAAUGGAUCUCUGCUGCUCCAGAAUGUCACCUGGAAAGACUCAGGAUUCUACACCCUACGAACUCUGAAUAGGUAUCGGAAAAUGGAAUUAGCACACAUUUACCUUCAGGUGGACACCUCCCUUUCCUUGUGCUGUGACUCUGCCCAACUCACCAUUGAUACAGUGCCACAGCAUGCUGCUGAAGGGGAAAGUGUUCUUCUCCAGGUUCAUAAUCUGCCAGAAGAUCUGCAAACCUUUUCCUGGUACAAAGGUGUGGAUAGCACUCAGGACUUUAAAAUUGCAGAAUAUAGCAUAGCGACGAAGUCCAUCAUCAGAGGCCGUGCACACAGCAGAAGGGAGACAGGGUACACCAAUGGAUCCUUGCUGCUCCAGGAUGUCACUGAGAAAGACACGGGCUUGUACACACUAGUAACAAUAGACAGCAAUGUGAGAGUUGUAACAGCACAUGUCCAAGUCAACGUCCACAAGCUUGUGACACAGCCUGUCAUGAGAGUCACGGACAGCACAGUUAGAGUACAGAGCUCAGUGGUCUUCACUUGCUUCUCAGACAACACUGGAGUCUCCAUCCGUUGGCUCUUCAACAAUCAGACUGUACAGCUCAUAGAGAGGAUGACCCUGUCCCCAUCAAAGUGCCAACUCAGGAUACAUGCUGUGAGGAAGGAGGAUGCUGGAGAGUAUCAAUGUGAGGCCUUCAACCCAGUCAGCUCAAAGACCAGUCUCCCAGUCAGCCUGGCUGUGACGAAUGAGUGA